ACCAAGCAUGUAGGAACUAAGCCCUUACUAAGCCCUUACUAUAUGCUGAUACCAAGCUGGUCACUUGGGAUCGAAAGAUGAAGAAAGUCGGUCCUACCCUCCAGGGACUGAGAGUCUACUGGGAAGAGGAUGCAGGUCCCCUUUUUUCACAUCCUGUGACUCAAAAACACAUGUGAUUGAAGCGGAGAACGCUAAAAACGAGAAAUAUUUGUGGGCUGACAUUUACAUACGCACCGUCCAUCAGCUGUUGUGAGGCAGGCCGGUCUGCUGGUGCAUACUAUGGGCCGUUCUCUGCUGUGGUUCUCACUCCUCCUUGGUCUUCUCACUGGACCAGGUGUUUCCAGAGUGGACUCGGCUCCUGUGGUGGUAACCGGGACCCUAGGGGGGUCUGUUACUCUACCCCUGACGCUUCCGGUUGGGCAGCAGGUGGAGAGCAUCUUCUGGAUGUGUCGUUCGGUCCCUGGGGCCAUAGCCACGGUAACCUUGGAAGAAGCUGGAGGGCCAGACAUAUUUUACCAGGCGGAAACGAGGUACUGGGAUCGUCUGAGUGUGGUGGGCCCAGGCCGCUCCCUGCAGAUCAGCCACCUGAGCUGGGAAGAUGCAGGGCCCUACCGAGCCCACAUUAAUCUGCGGAAUUCUCACAUCACCCACACGUGGGAGUACAGUCUGAAUGUCUAUGAGCAGCUGGCCCGGCCCCGGGUCACAAUGAGCUCCAGGAUCAGUGGGAAUGGACACUGCCUCGUCAUCCUAACAUGCGUGGCAGAAAGCAGAAGAGGCACUGUGACCUACAGCUGGACACCCCUGGGACCCCGGACUGUUGUGUCCCAUGGAGGGUCUGUUCUCAGUGUCUCCCUGAGGCCUGGGGAUGGUGCUCUGAACUUUACCUGCGUGGUCAAGAACCCAGUCAGUAACAGCAGCUCCCUCCCUGUCCUGGUGCCACCUUCAUGUACAGGGCCAGGAAUCCUGGGAGAGGACACAAUGGGGGAGAUAGUGAUUGGCACCCUUGGGAAGUCGGCCACUCUGCCCCUGGAGGUUCCUGUGGGGCAGGAGGUAGAAAAAGUGACCUGGAGCUCUCGAGGGCUCGUUGCUAUUUUGCAACCAGGACGGGCAGGCAAACCAAUCCUGGUUGAUGGGACUCAGGGACCCUACAGCAGGCGACUGAGCGUCCCCCAGCAUGGCUACUCUCUUCAGAUCAGCCCCCUGAGGCUGCAGGACUCUGGCCCCUUCAGAGCCUGGAUAACUCUGCACAACCCCCCCAUCAACAUCACCAAAGAUUUCACCCUGCGUGUCUAUGAGCAGCUGCAGGAGCCCAGUAUCACGGCCAGCUCUCAGAUCAUGGAGGAUGGGACCUGUUUAGUCACCCUGGCCUGCUCGCUGGACCAGGCUGGAGAGGAUGUCCAGUACAGCUGGGACCCCCUUGGCCGGAGGACAGUUGUGUCACAUGGGGGGAGGACUCUUAACAUCUCCUGGAGAUCUGGGGUCAGUGAUAGCUAUCGCUGUACUGUGGAGAACCCCAUCAGCCAAAGCUCUGGCUCCAUCCCCAUCAGGCCUCUCUGCUCAGCCUCCUACCUAUCCUGCUCCUGGAGGAAAGAGUUUCUCCUCUUUUUGGUCCUGGGAGCUUUGCAGAUUGAACAGAUUUGACCUUGACAUGUGGAGAAGCCCAGAAGAGGAAGGUGAGAAUGGAGAUAAGGUCGUGUGCACAGAGAGAAAGGAGCACGAGCUGAUACCAGCAUCUCCUGGUAUAAGAGACAGUGAUACUGAUGAAGGCAUGAAAACGAUUUUGUUUGCAAGCUGGGUUCAAAACAACCAAGAAACUGCUGCAUAUCUUCUGUUUAAAAUAAUAUGUUUAGGAGUUCCUGCUGCAGCCUAGUGGGUUAAUGAUCCGGCUUUUCUCUCUGGGGGCCCCAGUUUGAUCCCUGCCCUGGAUAUGAUAUUAAAAAUAGUAAAAGUGGAUGAGGGGAUAAGAUUCAGGGUUGUUUAAAUGCAUUUAAAAGAUCACCAAUUUAAUCAUAGAUAGAUAGCUGUGUAUAGUAUGGGAAAUAUAGUUAAGAACUAUUUAAUGUCUUUGAAUGAUGAUAUAUCAUAACCAGAAUUAUCAGGGUGAUCGUUGUGAAAUGUGUAAAAAUAUCAAAUCAGUAUUUUGUGUAAUAGGAACUAACAUAGUGUUUUAGUUAAUUAUACUUCAAAAGCAGUUAAUUAUACUUCAAAAGCAAACAGACAAACUUAUAGAAAAAGAGAAGAGAUUUGUGGUCCCCAGAAGCAUGAGGGUACAGUAAGGGAGAAUUUGAUGAAGGAGGACAAAAGGUCCAAACUGCCAGUUGUACGAUAAAUAAGUCCUAGGGAUGUAAUGUCCACCAUGGUAAAUAUAGUUAAUGCUGCUGUAUGUUAUAGGUAAAAGUUAAAAGAGUAAAUCCUAAGAGUUCUCAUCACUAGGAGGAAAUUUUUUUUCUAUUUCUUUAAUCUUGUAUUAAAGAAUUUUGUACAUGAGAUGAUAGAUAUUCAGUAAACUUACUGUGAUAAUCAUUUAA